UUGCAGAUCUUGACAUCGCUAACAUCGGUAGCACAAGUUCCCGUAUCAUGUAAAAUCAGAGUUCUAGAUGACCCCUCAGAAACGCUCAAUCUUGUACGAGAAAUCGAAAAGUGCGGUGUGGCUGCACUUGCUGUACAUGGUAGGCGACGAGAUGAACGAGAUCCUCAUCCAUGUCGUAUCGAUGAGAUUCGUGAAGUGGCUAGAACUGUCAGCAUACCAGUGAUAGCGAACGGUGGUUCUGGCGAAAUAAAAUCGUAUGAGGACAUACUUGAUUUUCGGAAACAGACUGAAACAUCUUCUGUUAUGGUUGCUCGCCAGGCACUUUCAUGUCCUUCAGUAUUUCGACGUGAUGGAACUCUGUCUUUUGACAGAGACAUAGAGAACUUUUUGGAUUUGGUAAACAAUGCUUGCGAAUUUGAUGAAAAUUAUACGAUGACAAAAUAUGUCGUGCAACGGAUACUCGGCGGUAAACAGCUGGCAGUAAUCUGGAGAUCUGCCGAGCUUGGGGAAAAGAAGAUAAAUACGAGGAAUGCCGAAGAACACGAUUACGAAAGCAAUGCAAACGAUCUAACUCAGAAUUAA